AUGGAGGCCCUUUCACAUGGUUCAGGAAGCAAGGUAAUCUUCUCACUGUCUCGAAAAAAACUAGAUCGAGCCCUAGGUGAUAUUGAUUGGCGGGUGGAACUCCCAGACACUUGUUUGGAGAACCUGAGUCGGAUUCAUUCUGAUCAUUCUCCUUUGCUAGUGCAUUGUGGAGAGAGAUGUGUGGGUAGACCUUCUCGUCCCUUCCAUUUCAUUGCAGCUUGGGCGGAUCACCCUGACUAUCAGAAGGUGGUGAAGUAUGCCUGGACAAGUGGUGGGGAAGAUAUAACCACAAAGUUGGGCAGUGUCCGUGUGGAUUCUAUAGCUUUUAACACUUAUGUCUUUGGUGAUAUUUACAGGAUAAAGCGUCGAGUGGAAGCUAGGAUCUAA